UUCCACAGCACAAAAUGCUGCUACUACCAGUGUGGGUCUCGAUGCUUAUCGGCCUGCUUGCAGGCUUCUUGCCUGUGGUAGGGAUGCAGCCAUCACUAGAAGGAAAACCUGGCCCUAGUCAUAGCCCUAACUUGGAGUCUCCAAACUCUAAUUGCUCCCAACUUACUCUCAAAUUAGAGUUCUCCUCUCAGGUGGUGGAACAUGAGUACAUUGUGGCAUUCACGGGGUAUUUCUCGGCCAAAGCACGCUUCCUGUACAUAAGCAGUGCCCUACGAAACGUAAAGGAUGGAACGCUGGAUUGGCACAUCGUUCCCAGGGAGAACCCAGCUUCUGACUUCCCCAGUGACUUUGAGCUGGUCCACAUCAGACAAGCGUCACCUAGCAGUUUUCUGACCUUAGAAGACCACCCAUACAUCAAGAGGGUCACUCCACAACGCAAAGUGUUCCGUUCACUCAAAUACGUUUCCUCACCCGAAACGCCUGCGCCCUGUGACACUCCCCAAAGGAUGCAAAAAUGGCAGUCAUGGCAAUCAUCCCGGCCAUUUCGAAGAACCAGUCUGUCACUGGCCUCAGGUUUUUGGCAUUCUACUGGGCGCCACUCCAGUCGACGCUUGCUACGAGCAAUCCCUCGCCAUGUUGCCCAGAUCUUGCAGGCAGACGUGCUCUGGCAGAUGGGACACACGGGUUCUGGCGUUAAGGUGGCAGUGUUUGAUACAGGCUUGAGUGAGAAACACCCUCAUUUUAAAAAUGUCAAGGAAAGAACCAACUGGACCAAUGAGAAAACACUGGACGAUGGUUUGGGUCAUGGCACAUUUGUAGCUGGAGUGAUAGCCAGCAUGAGGGAGUGUCAGGGCUUUGCUCCUGACUCGGAGCUGCACAUUUUUAGAGUGUUUACAAAUAAUCAGGUUUCUUACACAUCAUGGUUUCUGGACGCCUUCAACUAUGCCAUCUUGAAAAAGGUUGAUGUUCUCAACCUUAGCAUUGGGGGCCCCGACUUUAUGGAUCACCCUUUUGUUGAUAAGGUGUGGGAGCUCACUGCCAACAGAGUGAUCAUGGUCUCUGCAAUUGGCAACGAUGGACCUCUGUAUGGAACUCUAAACAAUCCGGCUGACCAGAUGGAUGUAAUCGGAGUCGGAGGGAUAGACUUUGAAGACAACAUUGCAAGGUUUUCAUCUAGAGGCAUGACUACCUGGGAACUACCCGGGGGCUAUGGGAGGGUAAAGCCAGAUAUUGUCACCUAUGGUUCUGGUGUUCGUGGGUCAGGAAUGAAGGAAGGAUGCCGAUCUUUGUCUGGCACCAGUGUCGCCUCUCCCGUGGUGGCUGGAGCUGUUACACUUCUUGCCAGCACUGUGCUGAAUCGAGAACUAGUGAACCCAGCCUCCAUGAAGCAGGCUCUGAUUGCCUCAGCUCGCAGGCUGCCAGGAGUCAACAUGUUCGAGCAGGGCCAUGGGAAGCUGGACCUAAUUAGAGCUUACCAGAUUCUCAAUAGUUACAGACCACAGGCCAGCCUUUCUCCCAGCUAUAUUGACCUGACUGAGUGUCCAUACAUGUGGCCUUACUGCUCUCAGCCCAUUUACUAUGGUGGAAUGCCCACCAUUGUUAAUGUAACUAUUCUUAAUGGCAUGGGUGUCACUGGACGGAUUGUAGAAAAGCCUAUUUGGCAGCCCUACCUUCCACAGAACGGUGACCAUAUUGAUGUUGCAGUCUCGUAUUCGCCAGUAUUAUGGCCAUGGGCCGGCUACCUCGCUGUUUCUAUAUCUGUAGCCAAGAAAGCCGCGUCAUGGGAAGGAAUUGCCCAAGGUCAUGUAAUGGUGACGGUGGCAUCACCAGCAGAGAAUGAUUCGGAGGUGGAAGGUGAACUAACCUCCACCGUGAAACUGCCAAUUAAGGUGAAGAUAGUGCCUACUCCUCCACGCAGUAAAAGGGUGUUAUGGGACCAGUACCACAACCUGCGUUACCCGCCUGGCUACUUUCCACGAGAUAAUCUCCGCAUGAAAAAUGAUCCACUUGACUGGAAUGGUGACCACAUUCACACAAACUUUCGAGACAUGUACCAGCACCUGAGAAGCAUGGGGUACUUUGUUGAAGUGUUGGGCGCCCCCAUCACCUGCUUUGAUGCCAGCCAGUAUGGCACUUUGCUGAUGGUGGACAGCGAGGAGGAGUAUUUCCCUGAAGAGAUCACCAAGCUGCGAAGAGACAUUGAUAAUGGGCUUUCACUCAUUAUCUUCAGUGAUUGGUACAACACUUCUGUCAUGAGGAAGGUCAAAUUCUAUGAUGAAAACACCAGGCAAUGGUGGAUGCCAGACACAGGAGGUGCCAAUGUGCCCGCGCUUAAUGACCUGAUCUCUGUGUGGGGGAUGGCAUUCAGUGAUGGGCUGUAUGAGGGUGACUUCACGCUGGCAGAUCACGACAUGUACUAUGCCUCGGGCUGCAGCAUAGCUCGUUUCCCUGAAAAUGGAAUAGUAAUCGCCAAGAAACUAAAGGACCAAGGUCUCGAGGUGCUAAAGCAGGAGACCGCAGUGGUGGAAAAGGUUCCCAUCCUUGGACUGUACCAAACGCCCUCUGACGGGGGUGGGCGUAUUGCUCUAUAUGGUGACUCAAACUGCAUAGAUGACAGCCACAGACAAAAAGACUGUUUCUGGCUAUUGGAUGCUCUACUCCAGUACACAUCCUACAGUAUGACACCUCCAAGCCUAAGCCACUCUGGGAGUAGGAUGGCACCUCCCUCAGGGACGGAGCGCUUAUUGCCACAGAGAUUGGAGGGUAAUCACCUUUAUCGCUAUUCAAAAGUUCUGGAGGCUCAUCUUGGUGACCCAAAGCCACGCCCCCUACCAGCCUGUCCACACCUCUCUUGGGCUAAACCACAGCCACUCAAUGAGACGGCACCCAGUAACCUAUGGAAGCAGCAGAAGCUUCUCUCAGUGGAUCUAGACAAGGUGGCCCUGCCAAAUGUGAGGCCUUACCGUCCCCAGGUCCGACCUUUAUCCCCAGGGGAGAGCGGGGCCUGGGACAUCCCGGGAGGAAUAAUGCCUGGUCGUUACAACCAAGAAGUGGGACAGACCAUCCCAGUCUUUGCCUUCUUGGGGGCGAUGGUUGUUCUGUCCUUUUUUGUGGUCCAGCUGACAAAGGCCAAGAACAAACCCAAGCGCAGGAAACCACGCAUCAAACGCCCUACAUACUUGCAGCAGACAACAACUGGGAAAAACCCCACUGUCUGACCAAUUUGGACAUGUGGUUGGACAACUGGGUGUGCCUGCAUGGCCUGUACAUUUCUUAAGCACAUUAGCUUUGAAUGUGUGGACAACUGAAGUCAAACAGCGUCUUGAGGAGGACAAGUUCGACAAAUGGACCUUCGACUAUCAUUGGUGUAUAACAAGUGUCUGCAAUGCGGCAAACUGUUUCUGUGCCAAUGUCCUUUCAAGCCGUUUGUCUUCUUUUCUGGUGUCAUAGACUCGCAACACAUUCGUUGGGUUCUUCCAAACAGCCUUUUUUUUGGUUUUUACCUUUCCUUCUCAUGUCUGCUCCAAAUCUUUUGACCAAAUUGAAAUGUGUUCGCCUUUUUAUAUUUAUUAAUUUUUUUUGUACCUCAUUAUACAGUACAUGCAUAGACAUGUACACACACCAGACCCCACCACGCAAAAAAUGAUAUGCAUAAUACAGUGGACCCCAUCCUACGAGCACAUUCCGUUGCAUAACCAAGCUCGUAACGUGAAUGUCCGUGUAUCAUUAGUAUAUUUUCUAAGAAAUAACUGAAUUCCAGUUAAUUCAUGCAACACUUUCCAUGAACUCAAUGUUGUGCCUAAAUAAUUAGGGAUGUCCUGAUCACGUGAUCAGAAAUCGGGCCGAUCGGGCCAUUUUUCAGAGGAUCUGAAUCGGGCAAAAAGGAUCGGGUUUAAAAAAAAAAAAUGCUCAUACGAAUAUAUAUACCGUAUUUUUCACACUACAAGGCGCAUCGGCAUACAAGACGCAUCCUUAACGAAUGGCCUAUUUUAAGCGGUUUUCAUACAUAGGGCGCACCGCAUUAUAAGGCGCAGUAGUAGUAAUACAUUGAUCCCUCGUUUUUCACGAUUAAUGGGGACCGCUGCCACCCCCUCCCCAAGCCCCCUGCGAAAAUCAUCAAAGGAGAGGCAGAGUUUAUUUACAUUUAAAAAUAUUUUUUUUAUUUUUAUUGGGGGGGUGAUGACGUUUUUUUCCCCAAAAUAUAAUUUGAAACAAAAAAAUGUAUAUUCGAAUGGUUUUGAAGCGCUGCAAAUGUUUUUAUGAUGUGAGGUAUAUCUAUAAAAGGAUUUGUAAAUGUAUACGUGCAUAUACUGUAUAACAUUUUUAAAGAAAAUACUGUAUUUUUAAUUGGAAAAAAAAAAUCUGCGAUGGACUGAGGUCGUCAAGUUUGAAGCGCGAUAUAGCAAGAGGGGUCACUGUAGUAGUUGUGUUUGGGGUUGCGUUACUAGCUGGAAGGAAUGUCAUGCCAUUUGAUAUUGAUCCAUGCAUAAGAUGCGUCAGAUUAUAAGGCUCACUGUCCGCUUUUGAGAAAAUGGAAGGCUUUUAGGUGUGCCUUAUAGUGCGGAAAAUAUGGUAUAUUGUAUUUUUUAAGGGCUAAAAAGUAACAAACUAAUCCAGAAAAUAUAAUGACAUUGCCAAAAGGAACAAAAUUACAUGUUUUAUACCCCAUAGAGCCACCUGUAUCGGUAUCGGACUCUGAAUCGGCAGAUUCUCAAAAUGAGGUGAUUCAUACUCGGGUGCAAAAAUAUGCGAUCGGGACAUCCCUAUAAAUAAAAUUCAAAGCAUAAUUUAAGUCUAAAUUUUUUGAAAAAUUGAGAGUAUAAAAACAAUUUUAUUUAUAUGCAAGCACUUACUAUGAGGGCUAAAAUAUAAGUCUAGGCUAAAGCCAGCGACAUAACGAAAGUGCGUGCCAGUCGGGCAGAGGAGAGAGUGAACAUGCAGCCUUACAUACACCAUAACAUUAAAGGAAACAAUGGCAUAAUAUGAGCAAAACAAAAUCUUUGGUGUAAGUACAGUUGGGGACAUGGUUAAUGUUUACUUGUAGGCACAAAUAAUCCAGAUAUACUAUAUUUGACAAUAAGAAUAAGUGGCAUGUGGGGAAUCUGUUGAUUCGAGAUGCUUGGGAGCCAUCUAGUUGGAUACUGAGACACUUGGGGAGUCAAAGCGAAAAAAAAACAGCUCGCAUGCCGCGGCACUCUGACACGCCGAGGGAGAGAAGCUUUUCUGGAUUUCGCCCAUUGCUCGUAUUGUGAAAUUUUUCCCUGGUCAUGAUGCUGGUAUUGUGAAAGACCCAUAAGGCGAGGUGCUCUUAGGGUCCACUGUAAUUGCAAAAGAAACUCCUUAAAUACAGAAUAAUUGCCGUUUCAUAAGCAUUCAAAAAUCAUGCUUUAUGCAUGGUUUCACUUUUUUUUUUUUCUGUUCCCAAACUUUGUACAAUAUUUUCUUGAGUUCCUAAAACAUUGAGACUCAAGUAUACUUCAUCAAUAAAAAAAAAAAAAAAAAAAAAAAAAAGCAUUAUUAAUAAAAUGAAAAUACUCUGUACUUUACUCACAGUAAAAUUUUAAAAAGAGAAUGUAAUGGUGGUGAUGGUGCUCCCUGAUGUUUGUUAGGUGAAGGUAAUGAAAUGCAGGCUCUAGUGAUUGAUUUAUGUCACGUUGCAUGUGUGCAAGCGUCGUGCCUUUGUGUUCUCUCAGCAGGUCAAAUCAUACAAAGUCUGAUUCGAUCCACUUUCUUGAGUCAUUAUAAGUAUUAUUUCAGCUAUUGAUACAAUACAUGGCAUCUUAUAUUCAUUGUUUUUACUUUUAAAGAAGACUUAUGGUGCACAAUGUCGUUUGGAAAUGCUAAUUGAUUUAAAUGUCCAGAAAAGCCUCAGCAUUCGGCAGACAUACUGUAUGAUCAGACAUCAAUGCUGAGAAAGGGAAUUGUAUCAAAUGACAAUAUCUUUGAUACUAAUCACAUAGAUAACCAAAGUACUUGUUUCAGUGAUGAACAACUGGUUGUCAUUCAUCAUUCGGUGAUUUUAGUUUUGUGUUAUUAGCUCAAAUCUGUGAUGCCGGCGGAUUUAAUCAGAGGUGACGUGUGUAAAAGGUCUGAGCCCUGACUGCUUUUCCAGGCCUAAUAGGCCAGCUCAGCCUGUGAAUCUGUCACCCGUCCACACAGGACAACUAAUCUCCCCAGGAACCUUGGGAAAGUGGGAAAUGACUGGGGCCAGUUAGCUGUUCUAACAAGAUUUGGGGAAAGCUGGUGGUGAGUGGAGGUCACAUGCCCUUUUCGCUUCAAGGUUCCCAGGUGCCAGAAUGUUCGUGUCUGGCCAAUCCGGUCAACCACUCACAUACUGAAUCGUCAGAGACACCAUGGCGACAUGUUAAACCUUUUGCCCCACCUACCCCUCCGAUUCUGCUCCUCCAUUAUAAGUCCCAUCAACCCUUACCUCAUAGUUCAUGUCCACGGAGGGUUAUCACACAUCCAAACCCAAGUUGCCCCAUGGAAGAUUAAAAAAAAAAAGUGUCAUGUGGUGUGCUCAAGUAAAGAUAUUUAAAUUGUGACCUUACUUAGAUCUUGACUUUAAUACCCGUGACCCGUGACCACUUAAGCCAUUUAGAGACAUCCUGUCCAAGCCUUAAGAUUACAAUUGCAGCAUCUUAGACAUUUUUCCUCACUUUAUGAAUCAAUCCUGAAUCAGUCAAUUAUUGCUGUUGUAUCACCAGGUUUGCAUAAACAGUAGUUAUAUA